UUCACAAGUAUGUUUUCAAUAUAUCGUGACUCUCGUGAAGUCAAGAUGGGAAAGAAACUCCGGAAAAAAACUACUGUCACAGUUCAAGAAAAAAAGGAUAUAUUUUCUGCAUUAUGUGACAAACAUCCUAAGUAUACUGUAGACCUGUUUUGUGUGGAUUGUAACAAAGUGAUAUGUGUUAUUUGCCAAGCUACAGAGCAUAAUAAUGGCGAUCAUAAGAAGAUACAGACAAUUGAAGACGCCGCUACUAACUGCGCUGAAACUAAGGAGUUUGUAGUGUAUGAAAAGAACAUGUCUGUCAUUUCCACACGUGUAAAUGAAACAUUGGCAAAUAAUUACAAAAUAACAACAACAACUGAACACUUGAAAGAGGAAGCAGCAUCUUUGAUAAGGAAGCAUAAAGAAGAUUUGAUUGGUCUCAUCGAAAGACAUCACAAGAUAUUAUAUGAAAGGAAUCGGUUCAAAUACGAAAACUCCAUUGCUAGAUUACGUAAAGUGAAUGAGCAAUUGACUACGAAGGAAAGGGAAACUUCAGACAUUCACCAGGAAAUCAAUGAAAAGAAGGAGAGUGGUCAAGACGUAGCAUUGUUUAUAGCUAUGAAAAAAUCACAAGAUAAUUUACAGCAAAUUGAAAUUGAGCUAGAAGAAAUUGAAAAACUAAAUUUUGUUGAAAGGCAAGAGUUUCAACCAGGACACAUGGUGGAAGAGCUUUUGAAGGAAGAGAAGGAAUUUGGCGUAUUGUUGGUAACGGCAUUAGCGUCUCCAAAAGAGGACGUGACACAGAAACUUGUAGUACCGUCACGUGAUACGAUGACUUCAUAUCACACUGGUGUCCGUGUGCUACCGAGUCAGAGCGAUUCAAUGGGACAAGAUGAACUGACGGAUGAAGAUGAAUCGGAUGGUUACGAGCCUGUAGGACAAAUCGCCGAAACAGGAACAAUAAUUUAUCAGAAGAAUCGACAAGAAUAUUCUCUGCGCAGAGAUUCUACGCUCUCAUUAAAUACUUUAUUCACCGAAGAACCAACUGAACAAGAGCGUUUAUGUGGAGGAAUCCUCAAAGACCCUAACACAG